ACAAAGAUGAUGAGAAUAUUGGCGUUAAAAAUGACAAAAAUAAUAAUGAAUUUGCUAUGAUCAUUGAUGUUACUGAUGUUGAUGGAAUUAUUUUUAAUGCUAAAUCAGAUGUCAUGAUACAAACAAAUUAUCCUUUUCGAAAUGUACCUAAGAAAGAUGCCUCUUCCACCUCUUUAUCUACACCACGAGUAGAGUAUUAUUACUAUGAAAUGACAAUCUUCUCAAAUAAAAAUAAGACAAUAAUUGCUAUUGGUCUCGCCACAAAAAAUCAUUCAAUUAACAGAUUACCUGGUUGCGAUACACAUUCAGUUGGAUUUCAUUCGGAUGAAGGUAGAAUAUUCCACAAUGAAAGGUAUACAGGUUCAAAAUAUGAUGAAAAAUGGGGUGAUAAAAAAGAUGUGAUAGGCUGUGGUUAUUACCCGGAUACCGGACAAGUUUUCUUUACAAUGAAUGGUAAAAAUUUGGGUAUCGCUUAUACUGGUCUAUUUUAUGAUGAGUGGUAUCCUACAAUUGGUUCUAAUGGUGAUUGUAGUUUAGUAGUUAAUUUUGGCCAAGAAGAAUUUAAAUAUAAAGAAGCUAACGGUAUGAGUGUUGCUGGUAAAUUAAAUAAGGGAGAUGAAGAUAAAUAUUAAUCCUUAAAUUAUUUACCUUUCCAGCAG